AUGGACGCUAAGUCGAAUAAAAGCCUAGAGGGCAGUGAUUGUGAUGAAAAGAAAUACGAGAUGGUGCCUCCUGAAGGUGGCUGGGGUUACCUCAUCUGCGUUGGGUUGUCAGUUAUUUUCAUAGCGGGUACAGCACAUCAGCCAGUCUUCGGAUUCAUUUAUAACGAUUUUCUCGACGAGCUGGGAGCGGGUACCGGUGCCGUCACUGUCGUCUACGGGGUGUUCCAAGUAACCGUGGCACUGGCAGGUUUCUCGGCUAACAUAGCUUUAAAGAAGUUAUCCUUAAGGCAACUGAUAAUAACAAAUGGAUUUCUUCAAGGCCUCGGAAUGGGUUUACUCAUUCCGGUCUCCUACACGAGUUUCAACAGUUAUUUCACCAAGAAAAAAGUGCUCUAUCUCAGUUUAUGCAAAGCUUCUAUCGGGCUCAUUACAAUGAUGUAUCCACUGUUCAUUAAAUUCACAAUAACGGAGUACGGAUUCAGAGUAAUACCACCUACACCCGCCGUUGACAACGAUGAAGAUAAGUUCGAUUUUCCGAAAGCAAAAAAUGGUGCAAGUAAGAAUACUGGUGCCAAGUCCGCUGAGAACUUGUUUGUUGCCACCAAGGAGAAACCAAAAAACGGAACUGAGUUACUAUUUGUGCCGAAGCUAGACGAUUCUAGAAGACUAAGUAUUCCCGUAGUUUUAAUACCUGAAGAUGGAAAGACUGACAGUAAAUUUAAUUCCAACGAUAAUGUGUAUUUAGAAAAUUUGUACAAAGCAGCAUCCGUCUCUAGCCUUGGCAAUUUUGGUAACAUUGCAGCCGAGCCCAUGCCAAUCAUCAAAAAUAAAGAAGGGAAAUGGCAAACUGUUGCAGAGUUCCUGGACUUGACACUCUUGAAAGACCUUGUUUACGACAAUAUCAUAAUCGGAAUGUCGUUAACGUUCUUUUCCGAUCUGACGUUCUUUACGCUGGAGCCGUUAUUUUUGGACAAAAAUAACUUAACACGGUCUGAAAUAGCGAACAUAAUCGCAACUGGUGGCGCUACCGACAUGUCCGCUCGACUUCUGCUGGGCGUAUCUGGGCAAUUCUUCCGAAUGAACAGCCGCCACAUGUUUUACGUAGGCGCUCUACUCACCGCCAUAUUUAGAGUAGCGUUCGUACAAUUCACGACGUACAUCCCGCUGUUGAUAACGACCGGAGUGCUGGGAGCGCUAAGAUCGCUUUUGCACAUCGCUCAGCCCAUAGUGAUGGCGGAACACGUACCUAUAGAGAGAUACCCACCCGCCUACGGUCUAUACAUGCUGCUCGCUGGUGGAAUUAGCUUAACCAUUGGACCAAUGAUAGGAUUUAUCCGCGAUUACACGGGAAAUUAUGUAUUGGCAUUUAGUAUGUUAACGAUGUGUAACGUGUUCUGCGUUGUACCUUGGACAAUAGAGGCUUUAUUGAAAUAUUUUAAACAUAAAAAGUCUCCGCGUAGUAAUGAAGUC